AUGGUUUUCAAUUCGUGGUCAUCGCAACUUCCCUCGAGUUUGGCCAUUUACCGGGGUAAAAGGUGUGGAAAAGCGGCCAUUAACACAUAUCUCAGGGUGCAUUUUUAUCAAUACUCGCAACAUCCCGCCCAUUGAGAUUAUUCUCUCUUGGGCUCCGACAAUACUUCAGCCCAUCCAACCAAGAGAGAACAAGAAUAGCCAAGUUCUCACUCUGGCAAGAUGGAUCCAGUCACAGCCGCAGGGCUGGCCAUCAGUGUCGCCUCAAUAGGAUUGCAGGUGUAUACCGGAUGUGUUCAAGGCAUCCAGCUGCUCAUCACGGCCUUGAACAUGCCAGAGGACUGCAAGUACCUCAACCUGCGGCUACGGAUGGAACAGCAGAGACUCUUUGCAUGGAGUGAAACAUCGGGCUUGGUUGACCUUGACGGCAACAACCAGAAAAGGAUCCUCGAGUCCAACACCUUCAUCCUCCAUCGGCAAACUGUCCUUGACCUGCUGGUCCAGGUCGAGUGCCUGUUCAAGGAGUUCAAAGAACACCAAAAGAAGAACAAGUGUCUCCAGGUUGCUUUUGACCCCGACAAUGUUCUGUUGAACCCUGAACGCGAUGCCGCCGAGGCAAACUUUCCGUUGCCUGAACGAAGGAGAAACUUCAUCAAGAAAGCCAUGGCCAGUCUCCGUGACACUUCCAAAGAGGUGACAACGAGGCUAAAGUGGGUAUCCUUCGACAAAGUAGCCUUUGAGCUGUUACUCUCGCGCUUUUCCGUCUUGAACGACAACAUGACCAAUAUUCUCGACGCUCGCAUGCAAGUCGAGAUCCAUCAUACCGUCCAGGACACCAACAGAGGGGUCCUUCAGCUGCAUCAUAAGAUCGCAGAUCUCUCAAGGCUCGUCAUGGCACUAAACGUCAAACUCGAAGCCAACUCUCCUACGACCCCCAUCUCGCAGAUGUCGGCAGAGCAAAGGCGAGCCAAUGCUCAGGGGCUGCAGCUGCUUUCCCAGCUAGCCAAGUUCAAGGCCUUCAACGAGUCCAUCGAACCUGAAAAGAAGUCCACCCCCACUCCCUGGGAUGAAGCGACGGCCAUGUUCCUUGAAUUAGGCAAGCCAAACACACAAAAAGACCUCUUCCUCGACCGCUCCAUGAUACAGCUCGAUGCCGACAACCAAGACUCGGACUUGCCAAGAUGUGAAGCAACUCUCCAACUGCCAGGCGGUGCCCAGAAGAAGGUCUGGAUAGAGUGGAAGGAUUAUGAUCGUCAACGACCAGACGAUCUCUCACCGCCCAAGGAAGUCAUUUUCGAAAGAGUCAGGAAGCUGGCGGCGCUUCUGAACCACACACCCAAGCCAGAAGAGUUCCGAACCCCCCACUGUCUCGGCUUCUUUGACAAAGCGGCUGGCAUCAACGGCGCGGAAGAUGACGAUGAUAUCCGCAACAUGCGAUUGGGUCUGGUGUUUGAGAGGCCACAAGAAGACAACCUACAUACGUCGCUGCCACCAGUAUCGCUUCAUGAUCUGCUCGCGACAAGCCGCAAGCCUCGCGUUACGGACCGGAUCAGGCUUGCCCAUGCCAUCAGCAACUGUCUUUUCUACCUUCACGCGGUGAACUGGCUGCACAAAGGACUCCGAAGCCAAAAUAUCAUCUUCUUCCGAACCAGCAGCGGUCAUGUCGACUAUGCCAAACCAUUUCUCUCUGGUUUUGACUUUUCGAGGCCCGCUCGUGCUGACGAGGAGACGGAUAUCCCCGACGACGCCGAGCACAACCUGUAUCGCCACCCUCUUGCCCAGUCGACAGAUCCAGAAGACCGCGAACGGUUCAAAAGAAGCUUUGACAUCUACAGCUUGGGGGUUGUUCUUGUCGAAAUAGCUCACUGGGCAACCAUCGACACGGUCCUCGACAUCAAUAUCAACGAGGCCAGAGUAAGGCCCUCGAUUGCACUAAAGGUGCGUGAUAAUCUGCUUGCGGAGGAUAGCAUUGCCGAGCUGGGGGCGACCAUGGGAGAGAUAUAUGAGCAUGCUGCUCGUAAGUGCAUUGCUGGUGGUCAGGAGCUGGGUCUAUCAGAAGGCGAUGAGGAAACCAACGACGUGGUCGCCGCCCGACUCUCGAUGGUGCUCCACGAAGAUGUCGUCAAGCGAUUAGGCGAUAUCCAUGUAUAAAAAAAGAGUUCUCAAAGGCGUUGGGCGACGCCAAUAAAAGCCACAAGUUCUUGAUGCGCCGACCUUUUGAGCAAAACACCGAAACCAAAAAAAAAAAAAAAAAAAAAAAAAAAAAAAAAAAAAAAAAAAAAGAAUUCCAAGACAAAUGCGCGACGAUUUACCAUGGUGGCCAUCGGCACUUCUAUACGCGCAGAGGGAUUUAGUGUAUGUUGGUGGCGUAGAGCACUUGGAGAACUUCUUCAAGUAGCUGAUGAUGUUCCAAAAGCGCACUCCACAAACCACACGUUAUAGAAUCCGCAAAAAGUAGACCUGGAAACGUAAAAAGAAAGGAAAACAGUCCCCCGUAUGUGGGUAAGCGGGUCUUUUCUUAGGUAAGUGGAAAUUUGACAUUGCAAAUGCGAGAAUUGCUGAUAUUCUUCCUGCCCCAGUGAUAAUAAUCUCACCACUUAAUGCUCCUUCUAUCCAAAGAUGACGAUCACUACCAAGAUACACUGUAAUCAUGGACCAUGACUACACACCAUAAUAGGUCCCGUCAUUGCGUCUCUCCCAAUGAACUCAUCUUUCUGCGGCGCCGAUGCCUGGCACGAUAUCUGUGGUGACAAGGUGAGUGACCGUACAUCCUCGAUCAACACAACUACCGACAUCCUCAUCUUAGCGCUCCUCGGUCAUCAGUCCCCCCCAUUUCAAGAUCGGGUUCCUCGUUGUGAGUUGUGGGAUGAGGCAAGAAAAACAUAGCGAGGAAGGUACGAUGAGAAAGCAACUCAGGAUUUGGGAAUCUGGAA